AUGGGCAACAGACUCAAAACGCAAACCAUCAAGUCUCGUCAUGUUGUUUGGCAAAGACAAAGAAGAUCAUGUGUUCUUUGUACAACAUCAAUCAACAAGCAGCGAGCACUGAAUUCCAAAGCCACCACCAGCAGCAGCUGCUCUACUACUAUUUCUGAAAGAAAAGCAGCAGCAGGUGUGAUGAUGAGUCACAAGUAUCAGCCAAGGCUCUUCCAAGAUAUUGUGGGUCAUAAAAUUGUAGUUAAGACCCUCUCCAAUGCCAUCCACCACAAAAAGAUUGCUCCACUUUAUCUCUUCCACGGCCCCAAUGGCACAGGGAAGACUUCCACUGCUACAGUUUUUGCAAUGGCUUUAAACUGCCAAUCAACUCAUCAUACUAAACCUUGCUGCAUUUGCAAACCCUGUACCUCCAUCGAAACAACACCCACAAUCUGCUCUGCAAAUACAAUUGCACCUGCCUUCCACAAAAUCAAAACCACCUCCUCCUUCCUCACUACUCAAAUUCUCAUCAUUGAGGAAUGUCACUUGUUAACUUCAGAGGCAUGGAAUGAGCUUAUGACUUUAGUGGACGCUAAUUCCUCUCUUGUAUUUCUCCUCAUAACUACACACUCCAUCAAUAUCCCAGAUAAUAUCUUAUCAAGAUGUCACAAAUUUUGCUUCCCAAAGCUCAAGGAUGAGGACGUCACCAAGAAGCUAUCAAAAAUUCUUCUCCAUCAAGGCAUGAAGAUCCAAAAACAAGCAAUGAAACUAAUAGUUGCCAAAUCACAAGGCUCCUUGAGAGAUGCCGAGAAUAUAUUGGAUCAGUUGGCCCUAUUGGGGCCAACCAUCAAUACCUCAGUCACCCAACACCUAGUAGGUCUCAUUCCACAAAACAAGCUACUAGACUUCCUAGCAGUGGCAAUCUCAGGAGACACCAUCAACACAAUCAGAUAUGCUAAGAAUCUAAGUGCGUAUGUUGAACCAGCUUCCUUUCUAUCUCAACUAGCAACUCUCAUUACAAAUGUUCUUUCGGAAGGCAGAACUCACUCAGCAAGAUUGUGCUACAUCCUCAAGUUACUAGUUGAAACAGAAAGGAAACUCCAGUCCUCAAAUGACCAGACAUGGAAUAUAAUUGCAGCUUUUCUAGAUAUCACAUCCGUGAAAGCCUCAAGCAUUACAUUGCCUAGAAGCGCAAAUUCAUCAUCUUUCAGUGAAGUAACAUUGCAUUCACGUGAACCACACAGAUCUGUCAAAGGAAAGGAUGGCAUGAAAAACUCUAGCAGGGCAAGCUUAAGCGACAUGGAAAAACUAUGGAAAGAUGUAUUGGAAGGAAUAGAAAGCUCGCACACACAAAAAUUCCUCCGUGACCAAGUGAAACUAGCAUCAUUGUCUGUCUCUAGGAGUAAUGCAAAUCUCCUAUCGUAG